AUGAGAGAUUAUAAGUUGAGAUUGCCAGCUAUGAUCCCAAGUGAAUGGUUCCACAAGCUCAAGAACAUGACCAAACUAAGAGAAAAACAUCCUCCUCCUCCUUACUCCUUAAACACUACCAAGACGAAAAAACAUUCCUCUCAUGAUUCUAAGUCUCUUCCUCUGUCUUUAAGCUCUUACCUUUCCACUCCCUUAGAAUCUAAGAUCCUUCAAGUUCCACCAAGAAACUCUCUUCACGUGAUACAGAGCAAAAGAAAGACUGUUUACAAGCCAUCUCCUCCUUCCUCUUCUUCUGUCUCUUCAGGUUUUAACAAGAACAAGAUCAAAUUUCUUCGAAACCAAGACUCUUCCAACUUGGAACUCAGUUCGUCUGCAGAUGAUAUCAUCAUCGACAUGAAUAACAGAGGAUUCAAGAAGAAAAUGUUUAGAGAGAUCAAGGUGUUUGAUUCAACAGAGAAAGCCUGUCCUGCAAGUAACCGAAAUAAGGAAUCUCGUAAAACACAUCAUCUAUCUGUCAAGGUUAACAAUAAAGAGAAGGAAGAAAAAGAAGCAUGUAGGAUGCAGAAGAAUUAUCAGAAAGCAUUGGUUUCUAGUGGAAGAAGAUCAUCGGCAAACUCUCCAAGGAUAAAACUCAGAGUGAGCUCUCCGAGAAUUCAAGUCUCAGCUCAAAGAAUCAGAUCGAGAUCACAGAGCAAACAAGUUCUUGAUAGUUUUGCAGUAAUGAGGAGCUCUCUUGAUCCAAAGAAGGAUUUCAGAGAAUCAAUGGUGGAAAUGAUAGUAGAGAACAACAUCAGAGCAUCUGAAGACCUGAAGGAUCUUCUAGCAUGUUACCUUUCAUUGAAUCCAAACGAGUAUCAUGAUCUUAUCGUCAAGGUUUUUGUUCAAGUCUGGGUUGAGGUCAUAAACUCUACAUUUUCAUCAAAGUAA